AUGCCAAGCAAGACCCUGAUGGCUGUCGAGGUCAAAGCGUCACGAAGUCGCUCUACCUUUCUCGUGCACGGUGUACUGCGGCGCAUCCCGGGCUACGCCUUCUUUCUGAUUCACUUAUGCUUUGUACACAUCCUGUGGGGCCAAUUGGUGGACCAACUCUUCAACUCGACGAUCACAUUCACGAGUACCAACAUCACCAAAACUGACCUCGUCAAGGAUGCAUUCAUUCGUGUGUGGAACGGGAUUUGUCGGUCUGUAGACCAGACCCUGCUGCACGGACUAGUGGACGUGUUCAAGACCAGUGGUGGUACGGGAACGGCAGGCGCGCUCGCGGCGUCACGGGAAGGCCUUGCCUUCUUGUGGAAGUCACCGUCGAGCAUGGUGCUCUUCUUCGGGCUUGCAUUCAUCUCUCUGAACAGUGUACUUGCUGCGUUGCGGCUCUUCACCGGUUUCCUCAGCAGUCUCACAGCGCUGUGUCGGAGUCGACGGCAGCUGGUGCGGAGCGGCUCGCGGAAGCCGGUACCACUACACAUCACCGUGCGAUAUGGCAACGGAUACGACAGCGUGCUUCGUCUCGCCCUGGCUGCUGUCGAGCUGACCUGGUUCAUGAGCUACCCUGGGCUGAACUCGGCGGCAACCGUGAAGAGCACUGCGGACAAGACGUGGCGCGCGCCUGGGGUGGCGGAGCCGACGUACGCUUCUCUGCGCCAACUGCAGAUACGUCAACAAGCCAUUGCCAGCUUCCAGAUUGAGGCCUCACUGCUUCUCCCUCCGCAGCUGUUCGACUCGACGGCCGACGCCAUUGCAGCUGGCGUGCUUGUGAUCAUUUUUGUGAAGGUGGUACUGGGAGUGAUUGUGGCACUGGAUGCGCAGCGGCUCUUCCACGCACUUGUCGGGGUGCGGCCCCUUUUCAUCCCCAACGGGUGGGAGCGGUGCCCUGUGUGUGGUGCUCUCUGGAAGCGGUCCCGCGAGGCCGCCAACGCGGCCCACCUGUGUCCGAACAUUUUCACUGCCACACCGUUGCUUGCAGGCUGCUCUCUAGGCGCGACAGUGUCGGACUCAGAGGAGGAAGACAUGCGAGAACAAGUCCCUGGCAGGAUGCGGCGGGACGUGAGUGACUGUAGGCGCAUUGGUCUGCCAACAGAGGCAACCCAUCGCCCUGGUGACGCUUUUCCCGACCCGAACAAAACCUCGUUUGCCUCGCUGGCAACGGACAGCUGGGUCAGUCCUCUCCUGAACUUCACUCUGCUCUCCCCCCUCAACACCUUCUCGCCUCCACGCUUGUCCUCCAUCAUCGACGACGGACGUGACCAUUGGCGUGCACUGCUGCGUGUUGUGGACCGACUACCGCGACUGCCACGCUCUCUGUGGACGCGGGACAGGAUCGACGAGCCAGGAUGGGUGCUGUGGCAGCGACGGCACGAGCUUCCUUUUCGCAGAGAAGAGGGGUGGCUGGAGCGCAGUUUUAUGACCAUCACAGGACCUAUCCGCCGCGUCCUGUCGCGUGCCUUCGCAGUCUUCUUCCUCCCUCCCUCUUCGCGAGGAGCAGGUACCCGCCAGGACGAGUUUGGUACGGUCCGGCGUGGCUCUUCGCUUUUUCGAGUGUUUCUGCGCCACCCCAGCGGCCGUCAGUUUGUGUUCACUUGUGUCCCGCUGAAGCUGACGCAUGACCUGCUGUCGCUGCUGGCUCCGCGAGUCGUGAAGUCACUGGUGGCCUUUCUGAAGGAGGUGAGCGUAUCGAACACCAGUGUACGUCAGAGCUACCUUGGUCGCGGCCUUCUAAUUUGUCUGAGUCUCAUUCUGGUUCUGUCGCUUCAAGCUCUCUUUUUCCAGCUGUACCUGACCCAUCUGUACGUCGCAUGCCUCAAGUCCGCCUCUGCACUGAAGACGUUACUGCUGCGGCAGUCUCUGGCAACCCCCUUGGCGUACACUGGCGGCGGCAGAAGGGCCGUGUCACUGCGGACACCGGACCGCCUGCAGUCCUCCCGUCGCCAGAGUGAGAACAACAGGAAAGGGAAAGAGGCGUCGUCCUUGCCGACGGUCAAACCAGCAGCUGAAGAAGUGACCACCACCACCACCACCACCGCCACCGCCACCACCGCCACCGCCUCGCUGUCACGUGAGGGCGAAGUCAUGGCACUUAUCACCGUCGACAUCACCAACUGUUCAGACUGCCUCAUCUUCUUGCACAACGUGUGGGGGCACCCCUUUGUGAUUAUAUCAUCCCUGAUGAGUAUGCACACGUACGUGGGGCUCUUCUCUACGCUCGCCACGUUUGCCGCCCUCAUUGCGCUCAUUCCGCUGAACCGCAGCAGUGCCGCCCGUGUGCGCAUAGCGCAGCAGCAAGCCAAGAACAACGAGUCUCGCCUCAGUGAUCUCACCGCCGCCUUCUCGUCAAUGCGCACAGUGAAGUCCAUGGCACUCGAAGAGUGCCUUGUGGGACGUGUGGAGGAAGCCCGCGUGCGAGAGAGUGAUGGAACGAAGCGCGUUGGACGAGCAGAAAGCGUCGCUGCUGCACAAACAGAGGUGACAACGUUGCUGGUCGCGCUCGUGUGCUGCGGGUCGUACCUUCUCACUGGUGGCGCCAUGGACGCGGCGGUGCUGGUGCCAACGAUGGCAGCGCUGCAGGUGAUGCGGUUCCCUGUCUGGACGCUGCCGCAACUCUAUUCGCAGGUCUCUCGUGGCUACACCUCGAUGCAGCGCAUUGAGCGCUUUCUCUCCGAGCACGAAGUCGGCGAGAACGCCAGCGCCGCCUACGUAGAACAUCUCCUACGUCAGCACAACGGCAAGGGUGCGGCGAGAGAGGUGCUGCCGUCAGUCACCGUACCUGUGAGGGUGGGCGAAGUGCGAUGCGAGCGUGGAACAUUCGCAUGGAACACGCAGGCAGCUGUGGCAGAUCAAAUGGCCUUCGACAGCGCGCUCUGCUACAGCUCCAAGCAAAGCCCCAAGCGUCACCUCCGCUCACCGGGCACCGCGUGCAAGGAAAGUGACCGGAGAGUGGAAGAGGAUACCAAUUCAAGCCCCACGCACAACACGUAUAGAAGUCCGCUGGAUAAUGGCUCUCGCACUGUCGUUCUACACGACAUUGACCUCGACAUCUUGCCUGGUGAGUUUGUCGUGUUGCAUGGCCCCACAGGGUGCGGCAAAAGCGCCCUACUGCUUUCCAUGCUGGGAGAGCUGUACGUUGUACCCAACGACAAUCACGUCGCGAGCGCGAGAAGCACGACAGCAACGCCGUCUGAAACAAGGGUUUUGCCCGAUUGUCAGGGAUUUCAGGUGGGCGGUCGUGUGGUGUACUGUGCCGAGGUGCCAUGGUUGCGCCAGGGGACUAUGCGCGAGAACAUUCGCCUCCUCUCUGACGACGUCCCCGAGAGCGCGACGGAGAGAGAGUGGUACAAUCGCGUGGUCGAAGCCUGCGCCCUCAAGAGUGACAUCGAAGCACUGGCGAAGGGUGAUCGCACCAUGGUGGGCGAGGGGGGCUCGAAGUUGUCGGGGGGGCAACGCGCGCGAGUGGCGCUAGCGCGUGCUGUGUACCGCUACAGCGAGACGGAUGUGUUCAUCUUUGAUGACGUGCUCUCAGCACUCGAUGUUGAGGUGCAGAAGCAUAUCAUUGCGUACCUGUUUCAUGGACUUCUGUGUGCUGCCGGAGAAUCCUCCCCCGCCCCGCAGCGCCGCACCAAAACUGUUGUGCUCGCCACACAUGCUGCAGUGAGCCUACUGAUGCCAAAUCGCGUGUUCCACCUGAGGCCGGAUGGCACACUGCACGAAGACAUGACCCAUCAGGCGCUGACGGAAGACCAAGUCCACCAGCGGAAGAGCGCGUGGCGCAACGCGACGGCGGCGGCGGCGGCGAUGGAGCAACGACGGUCCAUUCACCACCAGGCCGCUGGCGCUGAGGCGGCGGACUCGUCGACGUACCAGAACAAUCCAACCCCUCCGCUGUUCACAAAGCCGAACCAGGUGACAGAAGCAUCACGCAAGUCGUCAGCUAUGUCAUCCGUGCAGACGCCUGCAGCCGGCAUUGACUCCCUUCUCCCACGCGCCUCGGAUCUGCACCGGCUGUUUAUCGAGUACAUCGGCGGCGGUCGGUUCCUAUGUUUCUUUGCGCUGAGUGUGUCCAUGCAGCUCUUCCGGACGCUGAUGGACAACUGGCUGGGUGUGUACAUUUCUCUCUACGAUAAGCGCAAUGCAGCCUACGAGACCAUUUUGCGCAGCACCAAGUCACAGCGAGCGCGCAAAUUUAUGCUCGACAUGCUGUCUCUUGUCGUCCGGCGAGGCGACAAAUCUACGCCGGCCCCAGCACCGCCGUCACCGGUGGUCCACGUCCUCACCAUGUUUGGUGUUCCUGUUCUGUGGCGCAACCCUUUUGUGCUGGACACCGUUGUCGCGCAGUUCCUAGGAACGUACGCCUUCAUUGGCUUCAGCGCCGCGCUGCUGUCGACGAUCCGUACCGACUACUUUUUCCGCUCAUAUCAGCGCAUGGCCGACGCGCUACAACUGCACGCGGUGCGCAAGCUGUUCAAAGCGCCGGUCUCCUACUUCGACCGCAUUCCAUCCAGUCGACUCUUGCAAAUUCUCAGUCGCGAUCAAGAAGUGGUAGAUCGCGCCCUUAGUGAAACGAUUCAGCUCAUCUUUCUGACGAUUCUUCAGCUCCUCGGCAUGGUGUGCUUCAACGCUAUUCACUUCGGCCCUUUCAUCGCCGUGCUUCCGAUAUCCGCGCUUCUCUUCUACCAUCUGACUGUUCGCUUUCUAUCCUUCUCCAAGCAAGUUCGCGCGCUGGAAGGUGUACUGCAGAGUCGAUCAGUUGCCGUUAUGAGGGAUGCCGUGAAUGGGGCGAUCACGAUUCGAGCCUUCGGUUCGGUGUUAAAGGACCAGCUUGUGCAGGAGAUGAACGAGGCACUCGACGCUGUCCACGUCGCCGCCCACGCCGGUCUUACGGCAGAUCGCUGGGUUGCCCUGCGGCUAGAGUUUGUCGCCGUCACCUUAACCUCAGUGCUCGCGCUCCUGUCCGUUCUGACGGUGUGUCUGUCGGCGACGACGUCUGCCGGCAGCGCGGCGUUUGCUGGACUGGGCAUCAUUUCCAGCAUGACCGCGUCGCGCUCUCUGUCAAUGCUGUGCAGGCGCUUCGGCAUGUUUCAAAACCAGUUCGUCAGCGCUGAGCAGCUUCUGCGUCUCGAGGAAGAGGUACCAACGGAUGCACCUGCAGUGGCAGAGGGUCGCAGCGAGGAGGAGGCGUCGGUGUUGGAGCUGCGCGCCGCCUCGGAACCAGACACGAACCUGCUGCUCGAUGUACGCCAUCUGUGCGCGAAGUACCAACCGCAACUUCCGUGGGUGCUGAAAGACAUCUGUUUCACGCUGCACGCGGGCGAGUGUGUAGGCCUGAUUGGCCGCACAGGCAACGGCAAGUCAUCCCUCUUCAACGCGUUGCUUGGACUCAUGGACGUCGUGGAGGGUGAAAUUCGUAUUCCUGGCGCACUUUUUUCGUCGUCGCCACAGCCCAAGGCACAACUCAACGCAUUGCAUCUCCCGCAGCACGAGCUUCGCAAGAACUACUUCCAGCUGGUCUCCCAGGAGCCGCUUCUCCUGCAGGGCACGUAUCGCAGCAACCUCGUACUCGGUUUCCGUGGCGACAGCGCGGCGCCUCGGGAGGCAUCUGGUGAGUCCUGGGUCACAGCUGACGCGGAGGCGCUCGACGCACGUCUGAGCGCGGUGCUGCGGAAAGUGGCACUCGAUGAACUUCUUGAGCCGCCGUACGCUGCGCCGGUCUCGGGACAAUCAGCUGUAACUGGCGCUGACGGUGAGGUUGCGUCGUCAGCGACCCAAGAUGCGGAGGAGUCCGCUUCUGACACCAUCGCAUCACCAAGCGGUACCGUCGACGCGGCCACCCGCGCGCUGGACCACGUCGUCACCGCUGGUGGCACAAACCUUUCCGCCGGACAACGUCAAAUGUUGUGCCUCGCUCGCGCCAUCCUGCACCGGCCACGUGUAGUUCUGCUGGACGAAGUUAGCUCACGGGUGGAUCGGCGCACGGAUGACCUGAUCCAGCGAGUCAUCAAGGAAGAGAUGCUAGGUCGCGAUGGGGAAGGCGAUGACAACGGCAACGCUGUGAAAAGCGGUGUCCUUCUUAUUGCACACCGCCUGGAGACUAUUCUGUCUCUGUGUGAUAGCGUCAUCGUCAUCGAGAAGGGCAGGUGUGUCGCGCACUUGUCAAAAGAGGAGGUGAAGUGCUUGGAAGAUUUGGAGUCGUACCUCUGA